GUCGCAAUUUAGGUGUAAGCCAUGAUAGCCUCUCCGCAAUCGCAACAGACCAGGAGGCCCACCAUAGCCAGAGCAUGGCCUGAGCCUGCUUCGUUUUCCUGUCCGUUGUCUCCUUUGCCUUUUCUGAAAAGAAAAAGAAAAUAGGCAAGCUAAGCCACACCAGAAAGUUGAGCCAGCAGCAGCAGCAGCCUCACUAUUCCAUUGCUCUCCUUCCAUUGAAGGUCAUCCACCCACCACCUCUCCGUUCCGGGCGCCAGGUUUACUUUUUUCUCAUUCUGUGUUGCAGGAGGUGCUGUGAGGUGGUGUAUCCUGCUCUCCUCCACCGCGUUUCCGCGCAUUUUGGGGACUGUGGGAGGGAUUUUGAUGUGGGAGCGGGAGAUGAGAGUCUUGUCGUGGAGUUCUCAGCUCUGCACUGCAUUUGGAGUGUAGUGGGGUGGUGACCGUUUUCUGAGCCUUUUUGUGAGCUUUGGGCUGGGUGUUGUAGAGGUGGAAGAGGUGAAGUGGGGUGGGGAGACAGAGGGGUGGUGUUUUAGCUCGUGGUGGUGUAUGCUGAGGUGGUCUGCUGAUGCAGGAGGUGGGAGGUGGGAGUACGGGAGCUGGAAUUCUUGGGCGUGUUGCUGAAUUUGGCGGGUGGUGUCUUUUGGAGACUGAGAAGAAAUGAAGGCGUGCUGUGUUCUGAGGCCUGGGAUGCCAUGGGAGCGUUGAGAAGGUGGAAUUCGGCGAGCGUUUUUCCAGGAAUGGGGAUAGCAGGUACAGAACUGUGGUAGGGAUACACUUCAUUUUCCGUGGAUGAAACCAUGGGAUGUGUUAAUGGCAAGAGGUCCGGGGCACAGCGGCGAGAGGCCAAGCAUCAGCAGCAGCUUCAACAUCAGCACCGCCAGCAGCCAGCGAUCUUGCCCUCUCUGAACGAUGCAGCGGAUGUCCUCACCUCCGACAGUGACGAAGAUGUUUUUGGAGAUGGCAUGGGCAUUCAAAUGUGCUUGCCUGGGCGGGACAGUAAACCGAACUCACGUUCUGGAACUCCGAAGCUCCUCUCGGAGGCCAACACCCCGAAGCUGAAAUCUGAAGCUGGUACUCCAAAACAGGGUAGCAAAUAUGGGCUUGGGCUGCCGAAACCAAAGUCGAAGUCGGGGACGCCCAAGACUAGGUCAGAGACUGGAACUCCAAAGACGAAAUCGGAUGCCUACACCUCGCCCAUUGCCAAACCCGAAGGAGGAGGUUCGAAGUCUGGUUCUCCUUAUGAGCAUGGUUCCACUCGAAGAAAUAGUCACAGCUCCUCUCAUUUCUUGGAGUCUCUCGACCUUGACCUCGGAAUUUCUCGCCUCUCUCGAAUCUCGGAUCAGUAUCUCCCUGCUAGCGGCUCCCGUGUUGUCAGAGUUCCUGACGGUAACUAUGAGCUGCGAUUCUCCUAUUUGACGCAGCGGGGUUACUAUCCCGAAGCGCUUGACAAAGUGAAUCAGGACAGUUUCUGUGCUCAUACGGUAUUUGGCGAUAAUCCUGACGACCAUUUCUUUGGAGUGUUUGAUGGUCAUGGCGAGUUUGGAACACAGUGCUCCCAGUUUGUGAAAAAAAAUCUAUGUGAAAACUUGCUGCGGAACCAGCACUACCUUACAGAUCCUGUUCAAGCAUACCACGAAGCAUUUUUAACAACCAAUACACAGCUGCAUCGCAACAGUAUUGAUGAUUCAAUGAGUGGCACGACAGCCAUAACCGCGCUUGUGAGAGGCCGGACUCUCUAUGUGGCCAAUGUGGGCGAUUCGCGAGCAGUAAUUGCAGAGAGAAGAGGUAACAAUUUUGUGGCUGUUGAUCUCUCCACUGACCAGACGCCUUUUCGCGAAGAUGAAUGCACCCGUGUGAAGGCUUGUGGCGCGCGGAUUCUGACCCUCGACCAGCUUGAAGGCUUGAAAAAUCCUGAUGUUAGGUGUUGGGGCGGAGAGGGUGACGAUGACGGUGAUCCUCCACGGUUAUGGGUGCAAAAUGGUAUGUAUCCUGGAACAGCUUUCACACGAAGUAUAGGAGACUCUGCAGCUGAGGAGAUUGGCGUUAUCGCAAUGCCUGAGGUCCUUGUCAUGGACCUCACGUCGCAGCACCCUUUCUUUGUUAUAGCCAGUGAUGGUGUAUUCGAAUUUUUAAACAGCCAAACUGUUGUUGACAUGGUUGCCAAGUACAACGAUCCAAAGGAAGCUUGUGCAGCUAUCGUGGCAGAAUCAUAUCGGCUGUGGCUGCAAUACGAAACUCGUACUGACGACAUUACAAUAAUUGUUGUGCACAUUCAAAACCUCAAUGACGACCACGUUACAGUGGAGUCAUAUUACAGAGAUUCACCAGUGCUACCUCUCAAGUCCCCUGGAGUAAAAUCCCCAGGUCGAGCCUCUAGAGAUGUAUUCAAAGGCAGUCGGCCUGCCCGCAGCGAUUUCUCAAGGGCACGAGCCCGUGCUAUUGAAGCUUCUUUGGAUCCAGACGAACCUUGGGUGCCCACAACGGAGCCCCAUGUAAAAACUCCAGAAGAAGAGGCACAAAUUAAGAGAGCUCUGCAAGGUAACUUCUUGUUCGAAGGGUUGACAGAGAGGCAACGGCACACGCUAAUUGAUUGCAUGGAUUUAUUGGAAGUAAAUGCCGGUGAUGUCAUAAUACGGCAGGGUUUUGAGAGCGAUCUAUUCUACAUAGUAGAAUCUGGUGAAUUUGAGGCUUCAUUUUCACAGUCUGGAACUGGCACUGCUGGUGCUGUUCAGGAUGCUGGGAAGGUGGUCCAUUUGUAUACUGCGGAUUCAAACCCCUGCUUUGGAGAGCUUGCACUCAUGUAUAAUAAACCAGGGCUUGCAACAGUGCGGGCGGCAUCGAACGGUAGUCUGUGGGUACUAGAGCGGGAAGCCUUUCGAGGAGUUCUUUUGAUGAAAUACAUGCAGCGGCCGUCGGUGAAGAUCUUACGAUCGGUGGAAAUAUUUUCUAAGCUAUCCUUGUCACAUCUGCAUAGCCUAGCAGAAGCUCUGACCGAAGCUACAUUUGAGGAAGGUCAAGUUAUAGUGAAAAAAGAUCAGAAACUUGACGCAUUCUAUAUUGUCAACAAAGGCGAUGUGGACAUAACCUACCAUGAUAGUGAGAAUGAUGAUGGUGAGCAGUUUCAGUUACCCAGGGCAAGCUUGGAGUGGACAGGAGAAAGAUGCGCCUUCAUUGAACGUAGUGAUGAUAUUCGGCAGGAUUUACCCCAAGCAAAGUCUUUUGGUGAAUGGUUGCUUACUAAUGUGCCUGCGAAAUCCAUCACUGUGGUAGCUACCACUGACGUGGAGUGCUGGUAUAUUUCACGGCGAGCAUUUGAAGCUGCUGUUGGUCCUCUAAGUUUAAUUCUCAAGGAAGACGCAAAGUACAUGGAGAAAAUGUCACAUUUGCGUAGACUCCAACUUGCGGAGGUGGAUGUACACGCUUUUCAGAGAAUUACACUUAAGGAUUUGGACUGGCAAGAAACUGUCUAUUCAACCGAUUGCUGUGAUGUCGGUGUGGUGCUCUGCAAGAAAUCAGAUGACGUCAUAAGCAUGAAAAGGUACCAGAGACGUAAAGUUCAGAGACUCGGUCGGGAGGGCCAAGUCCUAUUGGAGAGAACUCUUUUCAAGCAACUGAGGCCUUCCCCAUUCGUGCCGCAUCUCUUGGCCACCCCUAUUGACAGUGACAAUGUGGCACUCGUUCUUAAUUGUGUGUUAGCUGGGCCUCUAGAACUUCUACUUCGGUCACCUUUAGACGAGAACUCAGCUCGUUUUCUGGUCGCCAACGUGGUAUUAGCCGUCGAACUUCUGCACAAGGAUGGCGUUGUAUAUCGUGGCAUCUCUCCCGAUGUUCUUAUGAUAGAUCGGAAAGGACGACUUCAGCUGGUUGAUUUUCGGUUUGCAAAGCAAAUGUCGGAUGAGCGCACUUUCACAGUCUGUGGCAUGGCUGAUUUCUUAGCACCCGAGAUCAUUCAAGGACAAGGUCAUGGCCUGGCUUCUGACUGGUGGGCGGUAGGUGUGUUAAUGUACUUCAUGUUGCAAACUGAGCUUCCAUUUGGAUCAUGGCGGGACAACGAGCUUGAAAUUUUUGGUAGAAUAGCCCGUCGGCAGCUUACGUUUCCUUCAAGUUUCAGCCCUGAAGCGGUUGACCUCAUUGACAAGCUGCUGGUGGUGGACCCAACCAAGAGACUGGGCUGUGACAGCCAUGGAUCGCUUGCCAUAAGGGAACAUCCUUGGUUCCGAGGUAUAAACUGGGACAAGCACCUCGAUUGCAGUGUGGAAGUUCCUUCAGAGAUCAUGACACGCCUUCAGUUGGCCAUAGACUUUCUUCCCGUGGAUGAUAGUUAUCAAGUGUUUGAUCUCCAACCCGAUGAAGACGAUCCACCAUGGCUUGAUGGCUGGUGAUAGCUUGAUGGCUCGUAGAUCCCCCUUCUCCAAGCAUCAAUGGCACAGUACCGAAUGGCUAUAACAGAAGAUGCACAUUAAGUGCUCCAUGAACAGAUACCGUAGCGCUUAGGAUUUUUCGGUCGUCACAAAUGACGGCUCUCUUGUGAGGUUCGAAUGUUGUGUCACCCGAUGAUCUCUACUGGCACAAACCUCCAGGCUGAAUCUUAAGGCCAGCUGUUUUAGGUGAGACGUUUACCUUGGUUCGAACUCACGCUCGUGUUGUUAAGCGCGAGUCGAUGAUGUAUGAAAUGACGGUGUUCCUUGAAAGUCUUGAAAGGCAAUCAAUUCGCUUAUGUGUGUCCCUUCCAUGUGGUCAUUAGGGAAGGGAACCGCUGCACUAGUCAGUAAACGAACAUGGCUUCAAUUGUAUAGCAUAGCGGUAGAGGUUUCGUACGAAAUGUGGUUGCAGUCGGUGAUUAUAGGCGCAUUUCUCUGAACAUGCACGAGAAUCGUGCUCCUGAGUCUCCAUCAUUCAGUGGUGCUUUCUGCGCCAACAAUCGAAUCUUUGCAUUUACCCCAACAGGAAUAUCAAUCACCUGACAGUUUUUCUCUUUCA